GAGCGGACGCGGCGGGAGCGCUUCUUCUGCUGGCUCUCGGACGCACUCGGGCGCGCUCUCAAGAGCCGGGCGCUGCUGCGGAGGCUGCGCUGCGGCGGCGACCGUGGUGGUUGUGGCGACAUGUGAGCGGAGUUUUUUGCGCGCCAACGCCGAGCGAUGUACUCCGGGAAUAGCAGCAGCCGCAGCAGCAGCCUGCAGCCGCCGACGCCGGGGGAGCAGGACUCGGAGCAGCAGCCCGUGCAGCCGCCGAAUCCGGCGGCGGGGCCGCCGUUCAGCGCCAGCACCUACGAGCUGCUGGCGCUGCUGCUGGCCACCAUCGGCAUCCUGGGCUUGUGCAACAACCUGCUGGUGCUGGUGCUGUACGCCAAGUUCAAGCGGCUCCGCACGCCCACCCACCUCUUCCUGGUCAACAUCAGCCUCAGCGACCUGCUCGUGUCGCUCUUCGGCGUCUGCUUCACCUUCCUCUCCUGCCUGCGGAACCGCUGGGUGUGGGACGCCGCCGGCUGCGUGUGGGACGGCUUCAGCAACAGCCUCUUCGGUAAGGGGGGCCGCGGGGGGCGAGGGCGCCUCUGGCCAUGUGCAGAGAGACGGGGUCCAGGCGGGGAGAAGGCUGAAAGAGGAACUCGCUAUAUGCUCUCUCUUUCUCUCUGUGUGUGAUUCCAAGUCUCUGAUGUUCCCCAAGGAUGCAGAUCAACACUUCUAUCUUUUCAAUAAAUGAAUACAGUACUUAGGAGGCAAGAGAAGGGUCCCGUCCCCCUGGCAGCCCAUUUCUCCCACUUGCGCCUCCCGGAAUAACGGACUGCCCUUCCUCCAACCAGCUGGCCUCUCUCCUGUAAUCCCUUCAGGUCAAGUCCUGUAUGGCCUCCUUUUCUUCCUUCCCUUUCCUCGGAUUAUAAUCACCGGACCCAUAAUGUGGUUUGAGAGUGAGUGCAAUCCCCCUCACGUUCUGUCAAAAUUAGAUGAUGCCUCUGAACACGUGCAGAGUGCACCUCUCACAUUGCAGUGCUAGGAAAUGGAGCUUCUAAGGAAUCUGUAGCCUGAACGUUAUUCUGGCAAUAUAGGUUUCUUUUGGCUUGAGCUAGAAACUGCCAUAAAUGCUGCACAUCGCCCCCCCCCAUCUUAUUUUCCACUUCAUGUCUGUGUUCCCUAUCUGAUUUGCUAUGCUCAUUCCUGGUCCUGCAGGUGGUGUAACUUUCAUUUCACACCCAACCUUCUGAUAUGCAGAUUUUCUCUUUUCUCCUCUAGCUUCUUUGGGGUGUCUUCCCAUCUCAUUACGAAGGGUGGGGUAGUUGUAGAUCCAUGAAACAAGAAUUGUGUAGACACCAGGACAUCUCUUUGCAGAACACUAGCUGAGCGAUGGUACCUGAUCACUUUGGUCUGCAGUGCUGUAUGCAUGGUCUUGCUUCUUAUUUGUACAAGUGGUACUGAGGGUGGUGCGCCAGUUGUAUAGAUCUGCAGCGCCUUCAGGCUUAUGUCUUUGUGGAAAUGUCCACUUAGUGGGACUGAAAAUUAUCCCGCACUUCAUUUUGCCGUGGAAGAUAAUCACUUUUGUAGGUACGUUAGUAACAAGAAAGGGAUGCUGCUUGCAAAUACAACAUUAGGCAAGUCUGGCCAUUUUGAAGUGCUUAGCCUUGUUUAUUAAAUAAAAGUAAAACAAACGUGCUAAAUUAGACCACACUUUAGGGCACCAGAAUAUAUUCUAAUGCAAACUGAAAAUUACCAUAUGCAAAUUUGCAUAGUUUUUUUUUCUGGAGAAAAAUCCAGCUCAAUUUUUUUUCCUUCCAGAAAACCCACAUCACUUCAUUCCACACAGUUCAGUGGCUGCUUCCUGUGUACUUUCUAGACCUCCUGUGUACACAAUCCCAGGUGUGGGGAACCUUUGACCCUCCAGAUUCUGUUGAACUAACACUCUCAUCAACCCCAGCAAGAGUGGAUAAUGGCUUUCGAUGAUAGGAAUUGUAGCUUAGCAUCCUCUGGAGGGACAAAGGCUUGCCAUUCCCUGUGCCGCAUAGAUCUAACCUCUCUCUCUGACCAUCAUUCCAUUUUACAAACACCUCCAGUUUAGCAUUACCCCACCAACACCCGUCCUUUCACCAUAUCUUUAUUUUGCCAGGAACACACACCACACCUGUACGUGAUCUAGGGCAAAAGGCCCCCCAGGAAUAACUCUCACCACAUUUAUGAUGCCACCGUCUUGCAUCUGCCUCAAUCUAGUCCCCACCUUCCCCACUUAAGUCUUGUGUCUUCAUUUGCCCGCAGGCGCCCAUAGUUCCUCUAUCAGUCAGCUUCCAUAUCAUGCAUACUGUUUGUAAGUGACCUCUGCAGCUUCUGCUUGACAGCUGAACUUUUGCUUUCCCUUUAAAUCCCUGCAAAAGCUCAUCUUCUCUAUGAGCCUUUUGACUUAAUUCCUGAUUGUCAUUCCUAACUGUAGCUGAUACCAAAUCUUCCUCUCUACCCUUGUGUUGUUCCCCGCCUAUGGCCAGUUAUCUGUGUUAGGAUGAAAGUUCCUUGCAAGCAAGUGAUUGCCUUGUUGUUACCUAUUCUACUCUGGAAGGCCCUUGUGUACACUGAUGGUGCUGUAUGUAUCCUACUAAUAACAGACUCAAGCUUUGAGCGUAGAUCCUCAAGAUCAGGGUAUCAGCAGGCUUGGGGGAACAUCAAGAUUUCCACAGGUUUUAGAUGCUUAAACUUUAGGGGGGGGGGAGCUCUUCAGGGGAAGGGAACCCCAAAAUAGCCUAAUGCUGACUGAGCAUCCUCAGUGGCCAUGGAAUGCUGAUUGACAGAAUAAAAUGGAAAACCAGGUGGAUGGAGCAGGAGUGAGGAACCUGGAUCCCACCAGAUGCUGCUGGAUGAUACUCCCUCCCCCUCGAACUAUUGACUGUGCUGAUGGACUGCUGCUUCCUGACCCCAGGAAUAGAUGGGAGGGAUGGCUGGAACCAUUUUGCCUCAUUUUGUUUUGGGUCCCACUUGUAAAUAAUUUCAAGGCAAAACCACCUGCAUCAUUCUCCAUUUCUUUUCUAAUCUGCUACUUCCUUGGCAAUUCAUCUUCAUUUUUCUCGUCUUUUCCUCAGACCCAUCAGAUACGUUCCCACCUCCUUUCAUUCAUAUUUCCUUGCAUUUCUACAGCACCCAAGAUGAUUCACAACAUCAGCGUUCAAUCUAUUGAGUACAUUUUUCCUCAUCUUCAGUUGAUUCCCGCCCCCCCCCCAUCCUGAAAUGAAUCACAGGCUGCAGCUGUUGUGAUUCAGGUAUCUCUAUGAACCAAAAUCACACAAUUUUGUUUAUAUGUUUUCCUUCCCAAAGUGGAAAAUGGGUGAAACUGCUGGAGAACAAUUCAAACAAUGCUAGUGGAAAUUUGCUUCCCCUUUUCUGAAGCCAUUUGCAGAGACAUGUAGUCAUUAAACUACAUUUAAAUAGGUGUCUUCAGUAAAACGGAGUAUGCCUUUUAAUUCAUUAAAACACACACAUCCCCAGGUAAGAUAGCUAUCUCCAGAUUUCUUACAUUCACUUGACAUGCCAGGAGUCUAGCUAUUUUUGUAGAAAAGCUAAAGGUACGUGCACAAGGAAGCCAUUUGUGAUGACACAUGUACCACAUCGCUGGAAAGCAGUCACAACCUCCUCCUAACUCCUGUGUGUUUCUAUGCCUGGCGAAUUCCUUUUGAAGGAAUUUAAGAGCCAAAGCAUUUCCAUGAAAGCAGGGCUGGUGUCACAGAGUGGUCCUCCUGGCCUCAGUCUGUGGGUCCCAGGCAAUACCCCAUACCAGCUCUGCUUUGCACAAUAUCUGAGUGUUUUGGCCUGGCUGAAAUGUGUCCUGAUGGUGCUUCCUUCUUUCCUGGAUGGAAGAUAAAGAGGGUUGUGUGUGUAGAAUCUAGUUUACUGCACAGAGGUAAAAUUAACACUUGAUGGUUUGCCCACGGUUGCCUCUGACUUUGGUUGCUGCUGGUAGCGGUGGAGCACGCCGAUCAGGCGUCUGGGACGGCAUGCGUCCCCAGCCGUCUGCAGGGGUGGGGCCAGCCAGGACGAGAUGCUCCGCGGGGCCUCUGGAGUCUGCCUGCCUCCUCCCACUCAGCUACCCUACAGCUGGCGGGGUGGGUAGGCAGCGGGUGGACCGUUUGGGCAAUGGGGAGCCUGUGUGCGCCCAAGUCACCAUGUCUUUCCCAGGCUCGGGUGCGCUGCAGGCCCCAUGGUGGGUGCCGCCCAGCAUUUUGUCCCCCCCCCGAGUGGUGACACCUGGGACAGCCUGCCCCCACUGCACCCUGCUUCCUCCACCCUUGGCUGCUGGUGUGCGGCCCCCCAAAGAUUGGGGCUUCCCAUUCCUGAUGAAAAGCCUUAAUUUUUUUUUUAAAAAAAUGCCAGCAACAUGAUGGCUGCAUGCACAUAAUAUUGGAGGUUUCCGUACCCAGGGAAUAGAUUCCUCCGAGGGCUGUUCGCACACAGCUGGGCAUCACUUGGUUUCUCUACAGUCAGUUAUUCUUGGGCAUUCAGAAGCUCCACAUGAUGCAUUUGUUGUUUGUGUGUGUAGGGAGUGGGGAACCUGUGGCUCUCCAGGUAUUGGUGAAUGCUAGUUCCCAUAAGCCCUGCCAACAUGCUCAGUGGUCAGGGUCCCAUUGAAACAAAUGUGAUUUGCACAGACCAUCUUCAAGCUCAUGUGCAAAUAGGUUCUAUGGGCCUGCUAAUAUAGGAACUUAAAGGCGAAGUCCCUGAUUCUCACUAAAGGUUAUCUGCAGGGGGAAGGCAGCUCAGCUAAGCCUUGCUCCUUCACUCAUUCAUAAUCUAUAUUCCCAAUCCAUGUGUCAGCUGGUGCUCAUUCUAGGCAAAUACAUUUAUGGAUGCUGUCUUGGAGUGCUGUUGCUUUCACUGCCUUAAUUGGAGUUGUCAGCUUUUAAAAAAUGCUGCAUGGUACCUAACACUUUAUCCUCAAAAGGACUCAAUCUCUUCUUGUACCAUUCAGAAAAGCACAAAUUGUUCUAAUGUGCUAUUUUCUGCAUUGUGGCAAGAAGCCGUCAUCUCCAAGCCACAACUCUCUUUAGGAUGUAUCUCAACUGCUUUUUGACAGUCAUACAUCGGAAAGGAAUUAAGUCCCUUCUUAGAAAUCUCAUUUAAGAUAGACAUCUGACUUCUGAUUGUUGAUCGGUUGGAAUGCAACAUUGGCAUCUGCCGGAAGUUCAGCUGCCCACUUAAAAGAGGUGCACACCUUAUAGUCCAGGAACAUAUCAUACAGACUGGUGCAAGUUAAGGCUGCGGUUGUAAACACAGUUGCAAAGGGGGUAAACCCAAUGGAAUGCAGUAGGAGUUGCUUCCAGGUGAGCAGGUGGAGAUUUGUGCUACUUGCCUUUGGAAAAUAAGAAAAUAAACCCUCUGACAACAGUAAUGAAGGACACUGUGGCAGUGCUUUUAUAAUGAAUGCAAUUCAUAUAAACAACAGUUGCAGUGACCCAAGUUUAUUCAUCUUUCCUUGGUUCCUGGCACAUGACUGGACAUUUAAAUAAUGUUGAUUCUGCUCUCAAAUAUUUGCCAUCCAUCUGACGUCUUUGAGAUUAACUUCAGCAAAUAGAAGUGGGGAAACACAGCCAGUUUACUCUUUCAGGAUAUGCUGCAGGGUGUAUGGAUACCAUAUUGAAUCAUUUUUUUAUGAAUCAUUUUACAUGUAAUCAGCCAUAUUGUAAGAUGCAACUUGACGGCCAGUGGAGGGAGACAAAGCUUUCAUCUUCACAUUGAAAACAAUUCAAGGACACUUUUCACUAUUAUUUUUUCUUUUGAACUUAACUGACAUGGGGAACAGCUUCUGUUUGUUUAAGGAAAUGUUAAUAAUUUGAGUUAAAGAGGACUGCAAGGAUCCUAACCAUCAUCCCCACCCAAUCUCUUGUGCUAAGGUGGUAUCUUCCAUGCUGCACUUCUCCCAUCCAUUAAGUUCCUCAUCUCAACUGUUACUCAAUUUCUGCAAUUCUAAAAUCAGUGAUCAGCUGCCCCGUGUCAAAUGUGCCUUUCUGGCUCAGGGGUCCAUUUAGAAAAGGAUCCAGGAAGCAUAAGCCAGUAAAUUAGGUACUGUUAAAUAACCAAGUUCUUUCGUAAGGAUAUAAAGGCCAGUUUUACGAAGUUGUAUUUAGAAAGUAGGUCAGUAUGUACACACAGGCACAGUGAUGCGUAAAAUUAACUUUCCCAUAGAAUUUUUCACUUAGUUGGUUUUUGCAGUCGAAGAGUGGUAGAGCAGCAUCUUUACAUUGCAGAACGGAAAUAGAAAGGUGGACAUAGCUGUUCGCUAAAUCCAAAAUUGAGUCUCCUGCUUUAAUGCAUUUUUUCCUACUGCCAUACAGCUAGAAAAUCACUUCUGUUGUGUCACUCUAUUCAGGCCUGACUGCAGGAGCAGUAAGCUGAGGUGCUGAGGGAGCCAAAAGGUGGUAGGGGGUUGCACAGGCAUGCAUCCGACACGGCUUUUGGCCCAUGGGCUGCAUGGCACACCUUGCUCUUUUUCCCAUUUGGACCCAACUAUUCCUUCAGCUUCUGCUAAUGAUGCUGGACCGGUCAUAUGCAGAAUCGUACUGUUGGCAUUGGCGGGCAGUGACCCUCCAAAGUUGUAGACAGGGGCUUUUUCAGCCGUACCUGGAGAUGCCAGGGAUUAAACCCGGAACCUUUUGCAAGCGAAGGAGAUGCUCUGCCGCUUUCUGGAAUUUGGAGGUGGGUGUGGCAAAGUGCAUGCAACGCUACUGAGAGAAUGAGGAAUUAAUAACUGCAAAAGGGGCUAUCUUCCGUUCCAAGGUAGCAGGGGAAAGAAAGAUCCCUAGGUGCUGUUUGUGUUGCUUGAUAAGGAGGUCUGCAUCUCAGUUGUGUUCUGUUUUAAAAUAAGCUGUUAAGUUCCUUUAGUAAGUAGUCACAUCUCUUCUUACUGGAAGCCUGAGGGUACCUCCAAUUCUACCACAGGCUUUUCUUUUUUGAAGGCUUCAUUUCCAACUUCCAGGGGUGACUUGGGCUGCACUCACAUGGCAGCUUAUUCCAUUUCCCUCCAUUCUAAGUUCUGCACUAUAUUUGAGCUUUCACGUGAAACAAAAUGCACUUGCAGAAAUAUAGCACACGUUUAGUGCUCAUUGCCAUCUUAUUUGCUUCCAGAAAAAAAAGCUUGUACAUAGCAUGGAAAUGCGUGCUAAACUUGCCCUAUGUUGUUGUUGUUUAGUUGUUUAGUCGUGUCCAACUCUUCGUGACCCCAUGGACCAGAGCACGCCAGACACUUCUGUCUUCCACUGCCUCCCGCACUUUGGUCAAACUCAUGCUGGUAGCUUCAAGAACACUGUCCAGCCAUCUCGUCCUCUGUCAUCCCCUUCUCCUUGUGCCCUCCAUCUUUCCCAGCAUCAGGGUCUUUUCCAGGGAGUCUUCUCUUCUCCUGAGGUGACCAAAGUAUUGGAGCCUCAGCUUCAGGAUCUGUCCUUCCAGUGAGCACUCAGGCCUGAUUUCCUUAAGAAUGGAGAGGUUUGAUCUUCUUGCAGUCCAUGGGGCUCUCAAGAGUCUCCUCCAGCACCAUAAUUCAAAAGCAUCAAUUCUUCGGCCAUCAGCCUUCUUUAUGGCCCAGCUUUCACUUCCGUACAGCACUACUGGAAACAUGCCCUAUAUUCCACUGUAUCUCUGGAAAUGACUUUUUUGUCAUGUGAAAGUUCAAAUAUAAUGCAGAAAUUAACAGUUUGGGAAACUGGAAUAAACUGCUAUGUGGAUGUAGCCUUGAAUUGGCAUUUCUUUUUGCGCAUUAGACUUCAUUUUCCCAUUCAGCUUCCAGUCAGCGGAUUUAAGGUGGCUUACAUGUUUGAGCAUAUCAGGAUGCAGAUUACAGCGUGUGGCAUAUCAUUUCUUUGCCAUGUAUCUGGAUUGUGACUGAUUUCAAAAAAUCUGGGCAGUGGGAUUGUUAGUAAAAAUCUUUCCCUCAGAAUCAGUGCUUACUAUUAGUUCCAUAUAAUGGUGAGCCAAGAAAAGGUUGUUGCCUCAUUGCCUUACUUCCGUGUUGUUCACUUAAUAUUUGAAGUGAAAACAACUAUUUCAAGUAUGAUGCAUGUUGUUCUUCUCUUCAGUGACAUGUGUAACCAUUGCAUGGUCCCUACUUUGUUCUCUUCUUUUGCCAGCUUUUGUUGUUAAUGGAUGAGACACUGCUUUAUUAUUAUCAUCUGAAGAGUGCUUGGAACCAGCAUGGUGUAUUAAUUAGAGGGUUGGACUAGGACUGUGUGGAUGCAGGUUCUGGUCCUCAAUCAGCCGUGAAGCUUGCUGGGUGCCUAUGGGCCAGUCUCCUUAUUUGGACGUAAUGCAAAACAUUAUGCCAGUCCUCCUUCAGCAUGGCUACAAGGAUGAGUUCAAAAGCUUUUCUUUUCAUUUUAGGUUAACCACAGAUUGUGACAGCCUCCAUACUAGGAGAAACCUGUUCAUCUUAACUCUGGCUUGCUAAAACAAAUUCAACUUCAGAUCCCAGUUUAUGAAGCCAACUUGUUUUAAGAUCAACCACAGUUUAGAGUGCAAAUGACAUACUAAACCACAGUUAAUCUAAAACAUGCUUAAUGAUGCUGGAGGAGGAGAGGGCAGAGCUUGUGAGCCCACUGGAUGAUAAGACAGCUACAUCUUCAAGGUAGAAUCAACAGGACCUAUUCUCUGUUUUGGCAGUGGAGGAAAACAUGCCAGAAAGCACAGAACGUCUUUUGCCCCAUGCCUAUGAGCAAGCACCUUUGAGCAGUAGGAGCUAUCUACAGGAAACAGUUCUCCAGCAAUGAUUUCUGCAGUCAAGUCACUGUGCACUGUAAAUAGCUGCCUGGUUACUCUUAAGGACAAAGUGUAUUGCAGUUAGAAACUGUUCAGUCUAAUGAUUUUUGCUUGCAGGAAUCAAGUGAAAAGGUAACCUAUGGAACUAGGCCUGUUUGUCCACUGUAUGUAGGGCAGUACUGUAUUGCAGCCAUAUACAGAAAUGGAUUUCUGUGUGUCCUUUACCCGAGUACUCUGCAGAGGUCUAAGCCAAGGCAUUAAUAUGGGGGGAAAGUAAAGGGAUUUCAGAAAAGCCAGGGAAGUCCAGAAGCCAAAGGUAGUGCUCAGUUGUUGACGUACGGAAUUUAAUUGGGCAUGGCUUUCAUUGAAGCCUGUAGAGCACUGCUUGUGUUGGAUGACUGGGCUAUAUUUAGCUCUGGCAUCUUUAAGCCUUGGGAAGCUUUGGAGCAUUAAGAGAGGUGCUGGCAGCAAGCCUUGUGCAGCCUUCAAUCUUUAAACUAAAUGAGCGCUGCUCCACCAAGAAGAGGACACUGAGCUCCCCCAAACAAGUGCCAGCUUCUUUUUCUUGGUUGUGAUACAUAUCUAGUCAUUCAAACCUUAAGCUAGAGCUCCACAUUUACAAACGCUGUCUUACUAACAAUAAUUUCAGGGGAAGGCAUUUCAUAGAGUUGGAAGGGACCCCAAGGAACAUCUAGUUCAACUCCCUGCAAUGCAGGAAUAUGCAGCUGUCCCUUAUGGGGAUCAAACUUGUGACCUUGGCACCACACGCUAACCGACUGAGCUGUCCACGGGAGAAAAGCGGUGGUCAAGAGAUGAGGGUUCUUAGCUUUUCCCCCAACUUCUGGUUCUCUCAGACAACCGCACUGUUUCCCCACUCCUAAUGUUAGAAUGAGUGUUCUUUGUGAUAGUUGUAGGUGGAAUUGGGAGAAGUGUCCAGAGGGUGGGGUAGUGGAGGAGAAUUGGUGCAUGGCGGAAUGAUUAUUCACAUCCCGCCAUGGCUGCUCCAUGCUGGAUACAGCAGCAGCUGCUGAAUCUCUCUCUGCCAUGCAUUAUUCGAAAGCACUGAAACCAGAGAGGACAGAGAUGGCAACACGCAGAGGCAGAGCUGGAUGCUUUUUAGGCAACAGCAGGCAGAGUGUGUGGAGCACCCAUGGCUUCUCAACGCUGUUGCUUACUGAGAGCUUACUCAACACGGUGUCGGCACAGCAGUGGAGCCAGUUUGACGCUGCCUCUCUCUUCCUCUCGGUAGGAAGCCAGGUGAACCUGUCUCCAGAUUUUGGGCUGGGGAGUUAUAAAAACUUGAAUACAAUCCAUAAAGCCACACCUGGACUGCCCUCAAUUUUAUCCUAACCUUGCCCUCCACCCAAUCUUUUAAGAAAAGUUGUAAGUAGCUAAGGGGGCCAGCAGUAAAGGCAUGGGGGCUUGGAGAGGCAAAGGAAGUACCAAGGGCACUGUUUUGAGACUGGGACUCCCCCUCCCUCCCUUGCUUGCUUCUGUGAGGUGUUUUGCCCUAGCAGCCACAGAGUUGAUAUUUGUGGUGGGUGCUAGCAUCUGGCUAUCUACAGCAGGAUGUUUGUAAUAGUUCUGGGAAGGUGCCUUCUUGUGCUUCCAGUUUGCCCUAACAAUCUGGCCUUGCACCAAAUGGCACCCAGCUGAGAUUCAUUUUUGGUGCCCCCCUCCACCCCCAAAGUUGUUCAGCUUUUCAAUUUUGUAUCACAGUUGUCGCCUAUUUCGUGACUUUGGUUUUCCAUUUUGUGUGCGUGACUUAUCUUUGUCAUAAAAGAUGAUGAACCUGCAUGCCGGUAUCUGAAAUUCUGUGUUUAUUCAUACCACAUGAGCUGUUUGUGCUGCUUCUUUCAGCUGGCGAGUGGAGGGUUGAGUUGAUAGACCAUGACAGAUGCUUCCAAGCAUGGGGCUACAGGCAGUCACCUGCCCCUGUGCACUCACCCAUGCACAGGGCUAGUUCAGCACAUACGAAUGAACUGAGAAAAGAUGACUCAUCUUGACUUCAGCAUGUAAAAAGUGGCUGUUUGCAUUUGCCUUUACUUAAAUUUGAAUGCCUGCUUCGUCAAGUGUGCCUUAAUCGACUCAUGAGCUCCCUACUGGGGCAAGGGGGCGGGGGGAAUGUGCAUCUUUCCUCAUGUAGCAGAUGAUGCACAUGCUUUGAAAACAGAACUUUGGGUUAUUUUUUCACAUGUUAACAUGUUACUGAUAGCAAGCAGGCUGCACUGGUUCAUGUAGCUGCUUCAUGUAAAGUUGGGAAACGGCCCAGACCCAGGAUGCAUAACCUUUUCAGCCAUGACAUUUGAUGCUGGCGUAUGUGCAUGAGCAUGCGCGCGCGCGCACACACACACACACACACACACUCCCACUGCGCAUGCAGGGAUGCCACCAUCACUUGCCUCCUCUCAACUCCCCAGGUGGGAGUUGCUAGCAGUUGUGCUUGCCAGGAAAACAUGGGGUGGAGCAAGCUAGAGAGAGAAGCAGUGGGUGGGGGGACAACUGUGGUCUGAACAAUGUUUGCUGUCUAGAACGAUCUUUCUAUUGACUGGAAGUGCUGUGUUCAAAGAAGGCAUCAAUAACAGGCACUCUGGUGGUUUUGUUCCAUCUGGAUCUUAUUGCGAGUCCAUCAGACUGUCGUGGGACUCCUGCUGAAUUCAUGCUUCCCUUUUGACUUCCCUUUUACCGUCUGCUGAAUAAGCCUUUUCAAAGUGUGUGUGUGUAGCAGUAGUGGGUGUCAUCACAACAGAGCUUGUCUGAGACUGCUCAUAAUCUAAUGCCUUUUCUGAAUUUGAUUAUAAGGGGUAAUGGUUCUAACAUAAGGUUACUGGGGUUUUUGUUUAGUUUUUUUUUUUGAGCUAACAGGUUAUAAGUGAUAGGUAUUCUUUGACUACUAAUAGACCUGUCACCAGCAAUAGUUUUCAAUGUUUGAUGAUUUGCUGUGUUUUUAUUAUUUUGCAAGCCACCCGGAGUGGCUGGGGCAACUCAGUCAGAUGGGUUGGGUAUAAGUAAUAAAUUACUACUAUUAUUAUUAACAUAAAUUAUUUGCUUAUUCAGCCAAUUGGAUGUUUUCUUUUGACCAUAUAGAACUAGGUAUACAGAGUAAUGAAACAAGCACCACAAAUCACAAGGCUGCAUGCAAAACCAGAAAACGCAUAUUUAUUGGCUAGCAAAUUCUUAUGGAACACUCUCCCUAAGGAAGCUCUCCUGGUAAUCUAUUCUGUACUAAGUGAAGAUGUAUUUGUUUUUCCAGGUAUUUGGAUGUGCACUAUUACUUUGCCUUAUAAUAGUGAUCUUUGGUUUUUGUUCCUGGGGGGAGGGGGUGUUUAUUUUUUAAAGUGGUUUUUUUGUGGGGGGGGGGAAGGGAUGAAUGAUUUUAGCUUAAUUGUGUUUUUCUACAAAGUACCGGUACUUCGUUAUUACAAAAUGCAUCUCUGUAUUAGGGAUAAUUUAAUAAUCUAAACUAAACUUUUCAUUUAUGUCUCCCUAAGGAAUCGUUUCCAUUAUUACUCUCACUGUCCUGGCCUACGAACGCUACCUUAGAGUAGUCCAUGCAAGAGUGAUUGAUUUUGCAUGGUCUUGGAGGGCAAUCACAUAUAUCUGGCUGUAUUCCUUAGCUUGGACAGGAGCACCUCUCCUAGGCUGGAAUCACUACACUCUAGAAAUUCAUGGAUUAGGUUGUUCAGUGGACUGGAGGUCAAAAGAGCCCAGCGAUUCUUCCUUUGUCCUCUUCUUCUUUCUUGGCUGUCUUGUCACACCAGUUGGGAUCAUGGCUUACUGCUAUGGACAUAUUCUUUAUGCGAUACGAAUGGUGAGUUAAUUAAAGCAGUAGCUUUUCUCUAGAAUUCAAAUGGGCAAAUGCAGAGUGAUCAAAAUGUGAUUUAUGUGGAUAAUAAUAAUGUAUUAUUUAUACCCCGCCCAUCUGGCUGGCUUUCCCCAGUCACACUGGGCAGCUCUGAACAGAGUAUUAAAAACUCUAUAAAACAUCAAACAUUAAAAACUUGCCUAAACAGGGCUGCCUUCAGUUGUCUUCUAAAAGUCAGAUAGUUGUUUAUUUCCUUGACAUUUGAUGGGAGAGUGUUCCACAGGGCGGGCGCCACUACCGAGAAGGCCCUCUUCCUGGUUCCCUGUAACCUCACUUCUCACAGUAAGGAAAGUGCCAGAAGGCCCUCGGCGCUGGACCUCAGUGUCCAGGCAGAAUGAUGGGGGUGGAGAUGCUCCCUCAGGUAUACUGGGCAGACGCCGUUUAGGGCUUUAAAGGUCAGCACCAACAUUUUGAAUUGUGCUCGGAAACAUACUGGGAGCCAAUGCAGAUCUCUCAGGACCGGUGUUAUAUGGUCUCGGCGGCCACUCCCAGUCACCAGUCUAGCUGCCACAUUCUGGAUUAGUUGUAGUUUCCGGGUCACCUUCAAAGGUAAACCCACGUAGAGCAUGUUGAAGUAGUCCAAGCGGGAGAUAACUAGAGCAUGCACCACUCUGGCAAGACAGUCUGUGGUCAGGUAGGGUCUUAUCUGUCGUACCAUAUAUUGAUAAGCUGACUGUACACAUAUUUUCACAUCUUGCCUUACUUUUCCUGACAACAUUCUCUCGGAAAUAGUGCCCCUUAUACAUGUGGGCAAAAUGUAGCAGCUGAAUUUGAUAUCCUUGACUCAAAGGAGCUUUACCUAGUGCACACGCAUAAUCUAGUUUUCAUAUUUUUCCUAGUAACAGUGUGCAGUGUUACUCUCCUAAAGGGAAAUGGAACAAGUCAUUGGGCUGUGAAUAAUGUUGAGGAUUUGGGUGGCUGCGCAUAAUGACCUUGAAACAAUUUAAUAGGUACUUCUGGCAUGUGUCUUCUAUAAGAUGAGCCCAGUAUUGUACUGUUAGGAAUAAUGUGGUUCCAAGAAAGGCUUAAGAAUUGCUAUCAUUCAGUUCAAUUAAAAAAAUGCUAUCCAAGUAAGCCUGUAAAUACGAAAGAUAUUUACAAAGGAAUACAUAAAAUCAAAAUUGAUGGAACUUAUUUCCAAGUAAGCAUGCUUAGUAUUGAAUUGUUAAACCAUUGAAAUAGAUUGUUCAAGAAUUAAUAAUACAAUAUUAUUACAUACUUGUUUGAAUAAUGCAGAAAGUCACACUAGGUAAUUUUACAUGUAUACAAUCACAUGUAUAUGUGUGAUUGUAAAUAAAAUCAAUAAAUCUAUAAAAAAUUCUAGUAUUGGUAAUUACAGGGACUCUAUAGGGAUUGACAUAAAAUCGCUGUAGCUCAGUACAUAGUGAGUUUCUGCUUUUAAUGUUUUUGUUGGUGUAACUGAACAAUAACGGAUAACAAAAUGAAGGCUCUAUGGCACCUUAUAGACAUAACAAUUAUUAUGGCAUACGUUUUCAUGGACAGGAGGUAACUUAAUCAGUAGUCUUCAAAAUUAUUCCAUAGAUCUGUUAGUCACAAGACCCUGAUUUUGCUGCAAUAGAUUAACACAGCUAUUUUUCCAGAAGUCAGGGCAUCAUCAGAAAUCUUAUUUAAAUGAAGCUGGUGAGAAGGAUGAUGCCUUAAUAAUAUUUGAAACGUGGUUAGCUGUCAAAUAAUAAGACCACUUACAAUGGCAUUCUUCUCUCUGAAGGAUUUGGAACUGAAUGCUCUUUCAAAUAUGUACUGUUUGAUUGUUUUUCAUUAUUUUUCUUUGCAGCUUCGUUGUGUUGAAGAUUUGCACACUGUCCAAGUGAUCAAGAUCUUGAGAUACGAAAAGAAAGUAGCUAAAAUGUGUUUUUUAAUGAUGACCACCUUUCUUAUCUGUUGGAUGCCUUAUGCAGUGGUCUCCCUUUUAGUAGCCUAUGGGUAUGGCCACCUUGUCACUCCAACAGUGGCUAUUAUCCCAUCUUUAUUUGCCAAGUCAAGCACUGCCUACAAUCCAGUUAUCUAUAUCUUCAUGAGCAGAAAGGUAAGCAGCUGAAAAGCAGAGUUACUUACUGAGGCCGAAAGGAUCGCAUCUAAUGCAUUAUGCAAUAGAGGUGGUCUUCCUCCCGACAUAAGCACAACAUUGCAGAAAUUACACAUAGUAUUAUCUUGCAUCUAUAGGAAAACAGGCAAGAAAGGCACAGAAGGCAAGACCAACAGAAUUUCUUUGGGGGAGAAAAGGAACAGUGAAACUUGACCAGCAUAAAGCUUCCUAGUAACUUAACAAGGGUGCUGUUCCUUUUACCACUUGCACCAUAUAUAGGCUCAAAGCAUGUCUGGUGGAUGUUCUAGUUGCCGUCCUUGCAUCCAGGGCACUGAUUCAUGAGGAUGAAGAGGAUGUGCUAGGGAACACCUGGAAUUGUAAGUCUAGUGUGAGCAUACAAGGGAGCCACCCUAGUUAUUUGGGUUUCCACCAAUUUCAACUCAGGAACAUGAAAUGAAGCUGAAUCACUGGAAGGUUCAGAAUGGUAGACAAAAGUGCUUUUUCACAUAGCACAUAGUUAAACUUCAGGAUUCAUGCCAACAGCAGGUAGUGAUGUCCAUGGAUAACUUUAAAAGAGGAUUAGAAAACUUAAUGGAGGCUAAGGCUAUCGAUGGGUACUAGCCACAAUGGCUAUGUUUUGCCCCAACUGUUGGAGGCCAUAUUCCUCCUUGGAUACCAGUUGCUGGAAACUGCAGGAGGGCCAAACUGCCUUGCAAAGCCCACUCUUAUGUGAAGUGUGUUACAGUAGUAAAGUCUGGAGGUGACAAGGGCAUGGACAACCAAGGCAAGAUCUGACUUCUUUAGGAAGGGUUGUGGGUGGUUCAAGCUAGUAAAAGGCACUCCUGGCUACCUGCAGCACCCAAACUUCCAUUCAGUCCUGUUGUGAAAACAGCAGCAUCCCCAAACUUUAUCCAGUUCUGUGAAGGACAAGAUGAGCACCUCUGCACAGGCUUGCAGGUUCUCCCACCAUUACUUCUGCUUUGUCUGGAUUAACCUUCAGGUUGUUCCUCUUGUCUAAUCCAAAAUAGCCUCCUACUACCCGUUUAGAAGUCCACAGGCUGUCAGUGGGAAAGAGGUAAAGCUGAAUCCCAUCUGCAUGCUGAUGAACCUUCAGCCCAAACCUCUGGAUGACUUCUAGCAAGUUCAUGUAGAUAUUAAGUAGCAUAAGGGACAGGAUGGAACAUGUGAAACAGCUAAAUGGGAUGGAGGCACCCCGUAGACAACUGACAGUGUAGCAGAACCAGUGACAGAAGUUUUCUGGAAUAUUAUGCUAUGUACAGAUUAGGAUAACUUGUGUUGAGGAAUUUUCAUUGCAAAAUUUUUGGCUGCCCUGGGGAGUAAUCUAAUUUAGCAUGUUUAUUAUACUUCAAUUUAGUAAACAAAGUUUAAAAAACUUUGAAAUUGCCAGGCUUGCUCCAUGACACUUGCCUAAUAUUGUAUUUGCAAUUGGCAUUCAUUCAUUGCUGUGAAAGAGUGUACAAAGUUGAAAACUUUCUGUGGAAAAGUAGAGCACCAGAAAAUAUUUCACCCUACACCACUGGGUGGAACAAAAGUCUCUCAAUAUGACUGUUAGGGUGCCUCUGAUCCUUAAUAGAUUGUCAGUCCCUAUCACUUUGCCUCCUAAGCUCAGCCCAUGGAGUACAGGAGUAUACCAUGGCAAUUCAGAAUUAGAUAUAUAGUAGUGACUUUAGGUGGGCUUUAUAAAAGCUACUGAAAUAUGAGCAUGCUAAUUCAUCCAUGGGGAUUGAAGAGCGGAGUUUUCCUUUGAUAAAAUGAGGCAAUCAUUUUGGCUGUUAUCUGUUCUGUUCUGCGCCUGGAUCUUGCAUUAGCUGCUAUUGAAGUCUAAAUAGGUUAAUAGAAGCAGCUGAAAUUCAUUAUGACUGAUGAAGUGCUGUAGAUUCCCGCCCCCCCGCCUGCCGCCGGAUGGUAUUAUAUAUGCUAGAUAUGAUCUAAUCCAUCCUAAGUCAAAGAGAGGCCAGUUUGCAUUAAUGCUUUUGCACCCAUUGAAAAGAAAUUCCUUCUGGGGAGCUUUCUUGCUCACCCUUCACCAUAUGGUAGGCUGAUGCAGUGGCCGAACAUAUGGAAUUAUCCUAUAAUGCAGAAGUAAGAAACCUCUGGACCUCCAGCUGUUUUGGACUCUGACUCCCAUUGUCUCUGACCACUGGCCAUGGUCAGAUGGAAUUUGAGAUCCAUUACCUGGAGGAUCACUGGUUCCACCCCAUCCCUGUUCUAAUGUGUUGGUGCAAAUCAAGAUUGUCACACGUGCAGAUACCUGGUCUGCUGCCAGCAUGAAAACUGAAAGUACAGCUUUUCCAUGUAUGUUUGGGAAGCUAUUGAAGGAGAGUUAUCAAGCCACUGUACUCUAGUGUACCACAUGUGUGUAACACUCAGCAGGCUCUGACAACUGAUUUUAUGUGGCACCUAUGUCAUUCUGGUAUAGGCAGUGUGAAAGUGUCGCUUUCUGAAUGACGGGUUUUCACUGUAAUUUGCUCCCCUUGCAGUUUCGGCGAUGCCUCAUGCAGCUCUUCUGUGUUCGCCUCCUGAGCUUCCAGAGGCGCUUGAAAGAAAAGCCAGCAGUAGGGAACGAGAAACCGAUAAGGCCCAUUGUUGUGUCCCAGAAGGCAGGCGACAGGCCAAAGAAGAAAGUGACUUUCAGCUCUUCCUCAAUCAUUUUUAUUAUCACCAGCGAUGACACGCAGCAGAUAGACCACAGCACGAAAUACACGGGCACAAAAAUAAAUGUAAUCCAAGUGAAGCCACUGUAGGGGCUCCCGGGAUUCGAGCAGACUUCUGCUAACCAAACUGUUAGACUAUCUUUGUGGCACAAUUAGGAAGAGCAAGCACCGUCUUUCAGAAGCAAGAUGUGGAAGUAAUUCAGACUGCAAUCCUUCACUUGUGUACCUGAGAAUAAGUCCCAUUGAAAUCAUUGGGGACUACUUCUGAGAAGAAAAGUGUAAGAUUGCCCUGCCGCCAGCCUCAAGCUCUCUGUAACAUGUUAAUUGUUGUGGCAGUACUGAAACAAUGACACGUGGCGGAUGGGCCGGUUUUUAUUUUAUUUUACUUAGAAUAUUUAUUUUUCCAUAUCAUGUCUUGAUCACCUACUUACCUAUCCCUUGCUGCACUGUACACGAACCAGGGAAAUAAAGGAGCUUCUAAAGUAGGCCAUAGUUCCUUCAGCAAGGCCUCGCUGAUUUAUUUCUUUUUAAGCAAUGUCUGGUGCUGUAUUUUAACAUGGUGUGAUGUCGCAAGCCGGUUUGAGCCCGCUUGGCAGCUUCAAGCACUUGUCUUGAAUUCAGUGUAGGGGUACAUAUAGGCAGUGGCGUUUUGGGGUUUUUGUAUUUUUUGUAGGC